AUGACAACGGCACUUCAGAAAUGCACAAAUUCACUGUCGGAAAUCCAUCGACUGCUGAGAGGUUCGUUUUUAUGUUUUAUGUUUUUGUUCAUAUUUUGUUCGCAUGAAAAAGUUUACUGCAUUUUUUUGAGAAGGGAACUCAUAAAGAACGAGCAAAACGAGAAAAAAAGAAGAAAAAGUAAUUAGGGGGCGUGGCCGAACUUUUUUCUUCAAAAAAAACACAAAAAUUAGACCACGCCCAACCACCCCCAACUUGUUUCAUGUUUAAAAAAUAGAAUGUUGGUUUUUUGGGUUGGGAGUUUGAGGUCAUUUGGUUUCUUAGGGUACUGUAGCUUAGAAACAGGAGAAUGAAAAUCAUGAAGAGUUUUUAGAGAGCCUAGGAAACGUGUUUCUUUUAUAUAGAACCAAAAUUGUAUUUCUAGGCCAAAGUAAGACUAGACUUUCCAUAAUGUGUAAGUUACAAUUUAAAUUUUUCUCAGAGCUCUGAAAAAAUUUUUCAGAUCAAGUUAAACUAGAUCCGAAACUUUCAAAUCUUGAAAUUGUCUUUUUCUGGCCUACAAAACCAACUAUCGGGUUUUUUGAGUAACUUCUGAAUAAUGAUGACCUAAAAACGUAAUUUUGUAUUUCUAGGCCAUCUUCAGAAGUAAUUUAAGUUUUAUCAAUCCAUUUUUCAAAUCUACACGAAUCACUUUUCUCGGUCACCAAAAUCAUUUUAAAGUGAAAACCGAUAUUAUCAUAUUUCUAGGCCACGAUUAUUUAGUUACCAGAAGCAUCGGAAUCCACCUCCCCCAAUCUUCAAGAUCUCAGAAUCCACCCCCACUUUCUUUUUUUUAAUUCAUCAAAAAUCACCAAGUGAUUAUCCAAUUAUUUUUAGUGCAUUUUCAUUUCAAAAAAAAAGAAUGUUCGAUGUCCCCAUCAAAAAACCUCCAUUAUUACUGCACGGGUCACCUGUUGUCCGAAACAAAACACAUCAGUUUUUUUUCUUCUUGAUCUACCUAUACUAUACUAAAAAACAUCCAACUUAUUUUUUUUCUGAGAAAAGGAUACCGUAGGUUCAAAAAAAUCCUCAUCGAAUAUUCUCACAUGCUUUUCUCGCUCGCUCGCUCCAAUUUGAAAUUCAGCGCGACCAGGAAUUUGUUCGUUUGCUCGCUCGAGAUUUUUUUUUGGUUUUUGCUUCAGGCGAAAGAAUUUUCAUGGUCCCCGCUUUUUUUGUCGCCGCGGAAGAACAAAACAAAAUAGAAUAAAAAAUAAUUUUUUUCAGCGGAUAGAGGAAAAAAAGUAUCAAAUUUCUUUUAAUCCGGCAUUUUUGAGUAUGUCUAUGUAUAUUGAUUUCAUUUAGAUGUUUCUUAAAUUUCUGGUUCUUAAAAUAUACCUUGAGUUCUUUUCUUGACUGACGCUUUUUAUGUAGUUAAUCUUGGGAAGUCUAUAGCUUGUCAACAUAAAAAUCAUUUUGUUUUUGUAACUCAUCAAGUAUUAAGUAAUGUUGUGAGGCCAGAAAAAGUAGACUGACGAAUUUUUUAUGACUCAAAAGAAGGUGACGAAUUUUUCUCGUAUCUCAAAUCACUUGUGACAUUUUUUAGGAAAAUGACGUGAGAAAAAUAAGUACGGUGGAUUUUUUUAAAAAACUAUUCUAUAAGUGUUGUUUUUUUGUUGAAAAAUCGAUGUGACCAAUUUUCAAUUUUUGAGUUUGGUGGUAUCCUAGUAUCACAGUGCCCCAAAAUGAUUUUUCUUUUAAAAAAUCCGUUAAAUUGAAGCGUAUUUUAUAUUUUCACAAUCAAAUCUUUUAUACUUUUGUCAAUUUUUCUUUGAAAAAAUUUUAUUCCGUCAAUAUUUUUCAAACUUAUUUUUCCGCUUCUGAGAAUAAUCAAUGUGCUAAUUUUUUCAAAGCUUUCUAGCUUCUAUUUUUCUUUAACAUCAUUUUACUUUGAAUUGUUUCUUGGCUACUGAUUGUGAAACAUAGCAUUCUGAAAUAAUAUCACGUGAUCUCUUUUCCAUAACAAUCCAUCGUGUUUUAAUGUUCAUUUCCCCUAAUCCCAAUGUUUUUUUUCCAGAAUCUUCAUCUUCAUCUUCAUCAGCCUACAGUAGUACAAUGAGUGGAUCUGGAAGUCCAUCAAUCGAAUCUUCUCCAAUCGAACAAGCCACGUCACGAUCAGCGAGGCGAAAAUGGCAUUCAGCAAUGCGAGUUCUUCAAGGUUUCCAUCGAUUUCAAGCUCCAGUUUCGCACAAGGUAAAUAAUUUGGGAAAUAAUUGCAUUUUGAAAUUCAAUAUGGCUGGUUCUUGAACAGGCCAAAAAAAACUAAUUAUUUUCUGAAAGUUCCGGAAUUUUUUUGGGAGGAGAAGAUUAAAAUGAAAAUACUGUGUUGUGCUGAAUCGGAUGUCGACUGAAUUCUUUGAAAAUUUGAAUAAAAACAAAGAAAAUCAAACAUAAGCCCAAAUAGGCGCAGUCUUGAAGCCUGCGCCUAAACAAAAUGAAUAUUUUUGAUUUUGACUAUAUUAUUCCUUAAAAGUUCUAUUUUUUCCGUUUUUUCAGAAAAAAAGUCAUAGUAGAUAGGGAAAAAGAAAAUUGAAUUAUAAAAAAUAUUAUUAUUUUUUAUCGAGCUGACUUCAUACAUAACUAAACUAGUAAUCAAAUUUAUUUAUAUUAUGUAUGUUCUUCUAGCUUUUUCUUUUUUCUUUUUGUCGUUUCAGAGAAAUCAAAGUGCACGUAGCUCACAACUCACACUUUUUCUCAACUCUCAAAGUCCCUGCUAUAACUAACUUGAAAAAAAGAAAUUUGCUGGGAAAAUUUUUAAUGUGGUUUCUUUUUUUGCGGUUUUUUUUCUUGGAAGAAACCCAUGUUGAUUUAUGAGUAAUUUUAUGGGUGAAGGCGGAAAGUUUUUUUUUAUUUUGGUGAAGUUUGGAGAUCAAAAAAACAAAACAGAGUAGCAAUUUCGAAAAUUGUUUUUUUUUAAAUUUUGUAUUCCCGCGUGGAAAUUCGGAACUUUUGUAUGUGAAGAUUUAAUUUUUGAGAAAAACUAAUGAUUUAAAAUCUAGAAUUCCAAGUCCACAAUCUAAAAAAUUGAAAAAUAAAAUCCAUCUGCAAUGUUUUUUUGCAAAACAAAAAGUUCAAAAUUGUAUUUGUAAGCUCUCAAAAUGUAUCAAUUUCGAGAAUUUCAGAGAAAAUUAAUUUUUUUUCUAAAGUUGAACUAAUGAAAUUAAUCAGAAAAAAGUUUCAACGUUGUAAGAUUUUUUGGAGUGCACAAUUUUCAGAAUAAGUAGCCUUCAUUUUCAAAAUUUUAAAAAUUUUCGACGAAUUCUGAUUCCGAAAAGUGUGUAAAAACAUGAUUCUUACGAUUAAAUUAUUUCCACAUGGAUUUUUUGUGUCCAAAAAUCUCCAAACCCUUUUUUCUCCCAAAAAUAUCUCGAUUUCUAAUCUCACCUCGUUAUUUUUUGCCUUCUCCUGACUCAUUUCUAAUUUUUCUCUCUUGCUUGCGUUAUUUCAUUAUCUUCUUCUUCUGAAACAAAAAAGGCGCGUGCGAAAAAAAAUGAGGAAAAAAGUGUUAUUAGUUAGUAGCCCCCAGUUUCUUUCCUAGUUCCCUAUAAAAAGAACCAAACCACGCCUCUCGUGCUCAUUUUUCUUCCCUUUUUCAGCUUAAUUUUUGAGAUAUACAUACAUAUUAUUCCAGAAAAAUAUAUUUAACAGUUAUUUUGUUUAUCUUUGCAAACUAUCUAUUUUUCUUGAGAUUCAUAUCUAAAUAUUUAAGAGAAAUGUCUCGACGGCCUUAUAAUUCAAUGGGUCAUUUGGGACCAGAUUUCUCCUCCUCAACAAAUUGGGCCGGUUUAGUCUUAGAACCCCGGCCCAGAUUGUCACAUCCACAUAUUUAUUGGGAAGCUGCAUCAGCUCCGAUUCAGCACAGGCGGUCAAAUCCAGAUAUUUUUGGGCGGGGUUUACCGCCUGGAGGACCAAGUGGUCCGAGAAGAAGAAUGUUACCGGCUCAACCGGGUGCAACUGGGGUUCGAAGAAUGUUGUUGAAACGUGGAACUAAUCCUGAUCUUAUGAUGAAAUAUGCUGUUUUACAGAGAACUUCUGAAAUUCGAGCUGACAGUCAUGGAGGAAGUCGAUCUGGAAGCCAAGGUGAGUACUGUAAUCGGGGUAGGGCCAACAUUUUUGAAUUUAAAGUGCUUCCCCUAGCUUCAAUUUUUCCGACGUCAGACAGCAAUUUUUUCUCGAAAAAAAGCCGUAGAUCAAAAAAAUUUUCUCACUAACAAUUAACGAAACAUUUCAUUUCCCAUAUUCCAUUUUUUGUUCUCCUCAAAAAAAUGUCGAAAAUAAUUAUUUCCGCUCGUUUUUUAUUUUCAAGAAACAAAGCUGCGAAAUUUUUCUUUUUGAAGAAAAUGAAUUUCAAAAAGUCACGCGAUGUUCAGAAAAAAGUGCUACACAAUUAAAUUUCACGAGAUCUUAUAUUUUGAGACUAAAAACUUUUUUUGGGAGGAAAGAAUUUGACAAGGUGUAUAUAUAGAUAUAUAAUUGUGGAUUGGUGUACUUGGUUCUUCAAAAAAUUCUCGGUGAAAAGAUCUGCAUAUUUUCUCACGAGCUACUAAUUAUUAUGAUAAUUUUACAUUUCUGCGAAAAAUCUACAUUUUUUGCGCGACACAAAAAAUCGGGAUUUUUUUGUGCGUCGCCUUCUAAUCCCUGUCCUUUAUUGGAUUAAUUCAUUAUUUAGUGGUUCGCCGAAAUUUUUCGCGUUUUUCGAUUUUUCGUGCUUUUUGUUCGUGUUAAACUAAUAGUAGUGUCUUUUAGAAGUUCUCUGGGAUAAUCAGAUUUUUCUGUUGAAAAUUCAAUUCAUAUUUUUUCAGAACCAAUACCAAUUGAUCCGGUUUAUUUGGCAUUGAAACAAGCACACGGUCGAUAUUCGCGUCGCGGUUCAAGUUCGAAUUUUGAUUCGGCGACACCAUCACCGCGGAAUUUGUCGCAAGUCUCAUUGCAGGAUUCCGGUUACGUCGAGAUGAACAAAAAUCCACCAAUGUUAGGAUCGACUCCACAAUUGAAUGAUGCGAUUAAUAAUGAUGGUAUGUUGGGUUUUUAUCGGAACAGGGUAGAAUUCGACCAAAAAUUGACAUUUUUCGAAAUUCAAGAUUUUAAAAUUUUGAUCAUCCCUAUUUUGAUCACGUUUUUUUUGAAAAUGGAUAUUUUUCAAAACUCACGUAAAUCUUUCAGCUUCUAAAAAAUCGCGAACAAACUUUUUUCAUCAACUUACAAGUCCUAAGACAGCUGAAAUUUCAAGCGCAAAAAAUUUUUGUUUUGAAAUUUUCAUGCUGACUCAAAAAAAAAUCAGCUGAAGGUUUGCUAGGUGAAUUCUGAGAUUUUUGAAUUCACAUCAUUUUUUCACGUAAAAAAACACUUUUCUGACGAAAAUCCAGUACAAUUUUACUACGUUCUCCGGAUUUCGAUAAAAUUCCCAAGACUACAAAAACUCAUUUCUUAUUUCUCUGUUCGAGAAAAUUAUUACAUUACAUUACUAAUAUUUUUUCACCUGCCACAGCCAAAAUUCGAUCAAACGAAAAAAAAGUAAUCAAAUUUUCUCGUGCCAAAAACUUCUUCAGAUUAUUUUUCUUAUUAUUUCUUUUUUCUCUUGGUUUUUUGGUGAGUUAGUGUAAGAGUGAAAAAAAAGAAAAAAUCAACGAAACAAAAAAUUUCGAAAUUUUCCGUUUCCUUGGAGUUUUUCGGUACAUAAAACCCCACCCUCAACCAAUUAUUUUUGGUUUUUGAGAGACAGAUUUCGAAAUUGUAUUUUCCUAGUAAGAAAAAGAUUUUGAGAAGAGAAAAUGAGUCUUCUGAUUUUUUGCCUUUUUGAAAAGUGAGUUUUAUUUGUUGGAAAAAUUUUGGCUGAAACGCAGAUCUACUGUAAGACUUCUAGAUUACUGUGGUUUUGAAAUAAGGUUGAUCUACAAUAUAUUGAAUAAAUUUCCACUGUAUAUUAGAGAUUACUGUAAUUUUUAAUCACCUUUAAUUUUCAGUUUUCAGAAAUUACAGCAGAAAUGAGAAAAGUUCCGAGUCGGUUAAAUUUUCUUUUUUUUACAGCAGUUCUUAAACUUGAAAAUUUGAUCAGUUCAGAUUUUUUCUCAUGAAGUCCAAGAACUUUUUUAUUGUUGGCUGAUUUCUGAGAAAUUUAUCGCUUUCUAGAUUGAAAGACCGAACUAUGAAGUUAGAAAAUUUGAAAAAAAAUUAAAAUCGACUGUAUUGUUCCGAAGUCCCUUUAUAUUUGACUACUGUAUGCCCGCAAAUCUCUCAAACUUCAAAAGCAUUAUCACAAAAACAAAAAAUGUGAUCCCACGCAAUCCUAACACGAAAAAUAUCCAUUUCUAAUCCCCUCGCGUUUUAUUUUUCUUUUUCUCAAAAGCGGAAAUUAGUCGCGCGGCGACUAUCAGUCAGUUCGCCAAGGCAACCAAAAUCAGUUCUUCACUUUUUCGUCUCAUCCAUCGCAAAUCCAACACUUUUUCCUGCCUAUAACAUCUCGGAUACCAAAAUCGCAGCACAUCUUUUUCGUUUGUGUUGCUAAUCCUCCAGCAAAAAAAAAGAGAAAAACGGAAAAUAAUAUGCAUAAGACGAGAGCUAUUCAGAUUAUUUGCAGUCGCAAAUUUUUAUUUUUUCUUUAUAACAAAAUGCUGUCGGCUAGGCGAAGUUUGAGAGUUUGUGAGUUCGAAUCCAAAAAAACCCACAUGACCUCGGGGAAACCUUAAGAAAACCAUAAAUGUUAAUUUUAGGUCGAUCCGUUGGUCGACGUCGAGCACCAAAGCUGACUCAACAAAUGAAAUCACUCUCCCUGGAUUGUCAGGAUAUGCCACCAAGAAUGAAUACAACUUCGAGAUCACCAAUGAGUAAGUUUGAAGAAAAAAACUUCCACGUCAUCGGGUCGAAUAAAAUUCAAGAUCCAAUUAUUUCCGUGUUCAAAAUCAAAUCACGUCAUGAAAUUACCGCAAAAUUAAUCAAAUUUUCUAGUUGCAUAGUUUCUUCUGAUUUACUUACACCUGACCAAGUUAAAUUGAAAAAUGAUAAGCAAAGUAAAUAAGUUCAGUUAAUUUAAAAUUUCAUAAGUUGAGAAGAGCGCGUGGAACAGGGCUGGGCGGAAUCGGCACGCCGAUUUGCCGAAAUGCCGAGUUUUCCUGAUUUUUCGGCAAUUUUUGAAGUCGGCACUACCGCCCGAAAAUAUUUUCGGCGGUUAUUCAUUUUUCUAUCAUUUUUUAUAGUUUUUAAAAUUUCUUAAUCACUGCCAAAAUGCCGAAUUUGAACAAAAUCGGGGUGCCGAAUUGCCGAAUUUUUUUCGGCAAAAAAGUCGGUAUCCCGAAAUUCCGAAAAAAAAUUUCGGCACAAGAAGUCGGCAUCCCGACAAGCCGAGAAAAUUUUCGGCACUAAAAGUCGGCGUUGCGAAAUGCCGACAAGUAAAUUCCGCCCAGCCCUGGCGUGGAACCUGAACAAAUUUAGAGCUCCGGAGGAAUGAUCACAUAAGUUUCUGAAACUUUUUCGUUCGUGAUCGUUUACAGCGUAGCCGAAUCAGUACAUUUUUCAUUAACCACUUCUAAUUGAAAAUAUUCUGACUUGUUACACCUGACAAAUUUCUCAUUUAUCGAACAUCACUUUGUUUUUAUUUUCAAAAUUAAUUAUUUACUUGCCACGUCAUCAUAUUCACUUUGCAUUUCAGGAUCAAAAAUUGCCGCUUCGGCCUACAAAAAAUCAUCGGCUGCUCUGAAUGGUUCUUCCGAUUUUUCGGACGUCGAACGUUCUUGUUCGCCAGUUGUCAAAAGUCGUCGAAGCAGUUCUUCGGCAGCCGGUGGAUCUGGAGGACACGUGGUAAUCCACGAGUAUUCACCAAGUCAUGGUGCACCUUUAAUGUUGGGUGAAAGAUUGCGUGUUGUGGAUAAUGGAGAUCCCGAUUGGCUACACGGUUUCAGAUAUAAUGAUAGGUGAGUAAGAUAAUUCGAAUUAUCCGUGGGAAUUUGAUCUCUCUUCGUCACGCCUUUCCGAUGUGCAUUAGCCUUUUUGACGUGGAAAAAUUAAAUGAAAAUUUUCAGAACCGAGCAUGUAUUGACAUUCCCAGCAACAUGUGUCGCUCAAAUGUAUCCCGGUGAAAAAGCAAUGCGAGUUCAACAAAAUGUUUUUGUCGCUGAGCAGAAGUUACGAAUGUAUCGUGAUCAGGUAAUUAUCCGAAAUAAAUAUAUUUUAACUCAUUCUCAAAAUCCUUAAUUUAAUUUCAGAUCGUUUUUGUUCAACCAGAUAGUCUUAUCGAAGGCAAAGUCACAGUUCGUACAGCUCACAAUGCCUAUGCUCCAUGUCCACUCAGCUCAUUGGCUUUGAUCUGA